GGAGAGAACGCGGCAUCUGUGGCGGACGGCAGCGCCUCGAUCGUCGUCAUCGUUGAAGUUCCCGUGUCUCCUGGCGCCUCUCUCUCUCUCUCCUCUCUCUCAUCUGACGGUCGUGCGCGGGUGGGUGUCUGCAGAACUCGCUCACGCGCAGACACGUGUACACACACACACACGCGCACAAGCACGCGCGCGCGCACGCGCAGACACGUGUACACACACACACGCACGCGCAGACACGUGUGCACACGAGCACACGCGCGCGCACAAGCACGCGCGCGCGCACGCGCAUACACGUGUGCACACGAGCACGCGCGCGCGCACGCGUACACACGUGUGCACACGCACCUGGACACUGGGGUGUUCUACGGCUGAAUCGGAGGGACCGCGUCGCCGGACCGAGUCGCGUCUUCGCCAACGAAUAGGAGGGGAGAGGGCACAAGCCCGAAGCUUGGUGUUCAGACUUCAACGUUCAUGUGGUGCGUUGUGGUGGUGGUGGUGGUGGCGGCAAGCUGCGACGGGACAACAGGCGCUGGGCAUUUAAACUCCGCUGCGACUACGAGUCAACAGCCGUGCGACUGAACCAUCGGCGCGCACCCGGAAAAAAAAAAAAACCAAAAAACAUUUCGUGCAAACUUUUAGUUUCUUCUCGAUUCGAGGCUUUCGCGACUGCAGGAACUCAUGCUCUUUUGGUUUCUUUCGGUUCAGUUCACGUGGAAUAGAAACUACUAAAUAACAAUAAUACAUCACGACGUUUCGAUCGCAACAGCAAGCGGACGUCUUCACGCGGAAGAAACCGACUGCUGUGGACGAGGCCUUAAAUAGAACGAGAGGGGGGAGGGGGGUGCCGCUUUUUUCUUUUUGUUUUUAUUCUUGCUGCUUUCACAAAGAGACACUUGCCGACAGAAGCAGCGUCCGCUCCACACGCUGGGGCGCGUUCGACUUGCUGCUGCUGCUGAAAGUUGUGGUGGUUGUGCUGCUGCUUCUGCUGAAGGUUGUGGUGGUUGUGCUGUUGCUGUUGUUGCUGCUGUUGCUGCUGCUGUUGCUGCUGCUGGGCACGUGUGCGUAGCAAGCCGCGCUCAACGGAGGUGAGGACAUCGUUCCACAGCGCAGGAACGAAGGAGCAUCAUCAUCAUCACCACCACCACCACUACCACCACACCGGGCUCAUCGUCUGUGUUGUUUGAACUCACCCACCAUCACCACUAACAUCACCAUCAUCAUCACCAUCACCACCACCACCACCACUACCACCACACCGGGCUCAUCGUCUGUGUUGUUUGAACUCACCCACCACCACCACUAACAUCACCAUCAUCACCAUCAUAAACACCAUCAUCAACACCAUCGUCAUCAUCCACCACACCGGGCUCAUCGUCAGUGUUGUCUGAACUCACCCACCACCAACAUCACCAUCAUCAUCACCACCGUCAUCAUCCACCACCGCCUCCCGCGCCACCGCUACUGAAACAGACCCCCCGUCUUCACCUCCCUCUACUCUCGGGGUGUCGGACGGACCGAGCCAUUGAACUGAUUGGCCUUGGAAGACUCCUGACCCUGGGAUGGCGACCGCGAUGGCGCUCUGCGGCGGCGGCGGCAGCGGCGGCUGCGACCUGACCGCGUCGUCCGCCGUGCUGAUGGAAUACGUCAACGACUUUGACCUCAUGAAGCUCGAGGUCAAACGUGAGCCCUUGGACUUACACUCCGGCCAUCACCGCCACCACCACCACAACCACCAGCAGCAGCAGCAGCACAACCACCACAACCUUCAGCUACAGCAGCAGCAGCAACAGCAAGAUGACCUGUCCCAAGUUCGAGUUCGUGCGGCCGGUUCCUUACACUCAUCUUCGCCGUCCCCCAUGAGCACCCCGCGUAGCUCCGAGCCUCCGUCCCCUGUCCUCGGCGAGCCGAGCUCCGCGCCGCGUGCCGGUCUCCUGGUGGAGGACCUCUACUGGGUGAUGAACCACGCGCAGAACCAGCAGGGCCACGGCGCGCUGCACCUGCACGCCCAUCAUCACCACCAGCAGCAGCAGCAGCAACAGCAGCAGCAGAUGGUGGUCGACACGGUGGCCGCAGCCGAGGCGCUGAACCUGACCCCUGAGGACGCGGUGGAGGCUCUCAUCGGCUGCGCAGUUCACUCGGUUCAGUCGCAGGGGUUCGACCUCCGAUCCGGGACCCUCCUGCAGGCCGGCGGGGCCGGCGGAGUCCACUCGCCACUCGACCUCCUGCGUGAUGAACUGCAGGACGUCGACAACACCGAGGCGCAACGCCAGCAGCAGCACCACAACCACCACCACCAUCAGCAAUUGCUUCUACACAGCGGCUGUGGCGGCAGUAGCAGCAACGUGAGUAGCAGCAGCGGUAGCAGCAGCAGCGGCAGCGGCAUCGUCAGCGGCGUGGGACAUCCGUGCCGGGGCGCUUGUUCGGAAGAGCGCUUCACGGACGAGCAGCUGGUGUCGAUGUCGGUGCGCGAACUGAAUCGACAGCUGCGCGGUCUCGCCAAGGACGACGCCGCACGCCUCAAGCAGCGCCGGCGGACGCUCAAGAACCGCGGCUACGCGCAGUCGUGCCGCCACAAGCGGGUGCAGCAGCGGCACCUGCUGGAGAGCGAGAAGUCUCUGCUGCAGCGGCAGGUGGAUGAGUUGGAGCGCGAGCUGGCGCGCCUGUGCCGCGAGCGCGACGCGUACAAGGACAAGUGCGAGCGACUCGCCGGGUCGGAGGCGCCGCGUAGUCGGAGCCCCGUGUCGCCUGGCUUCUACCUGUGAGUGUCGGCGUGAGUGUCCCCGAGAUACACACAGAGAGAGAUGCACACAGAGAGACACACAGAGAUACACACAGAGAGAUACACACAGAGAGACAGACAGAGACAUACACGUGUCGCCUGGCUUCUACCUGUGAGUGUCGGCGUGAGUGUACCCGAGAUACACACAGAGAGACAGAGAGAUACACACAGAGAAAUAGACACAGAGAGACAACAGACAGAGGCAUGCACGUGUCGCCUGGCUUCUCCCUGUGAGUGUCGGUGUGAGUAUCCCCGAGAUACACACACAGAGAGAUAGAGAGAUACACACAGAGAGAUACACACAGAGAUACACACAGAGAUACACACAGAGAGAUAGACAGACAGAGACAUGUACGUGUCGCCUGGCUUCUACCUGUGAGUGUCGGUGUGAGUGUCUCCGAGAUACACACAGAGAGAGACAGAUACACACAGAGAGACACACAGAGAUACACACAGAGAGAUACACACAGAGAUACACACAGAGAGACACACACACAGAGACACGUACGUGUCGCCUGGCUUCUACCUGUGAGUGUCGGUGUGAGUGUCGGUGUGAGUGUCCCCGAGAUACACACAGAGAGAUACACACAGAGAGACAGACAGAGAUACACACAGAUAUACACACACAGAGAGAUAUACACAGAGAGAUACACACAGAGAGAUACACACAAAGAGAGAUACACACAGAGAGACAGACAGAGACACGUACAUGACACCUGCCUUUUACCUGUGAGUGUCGCGUGCGCGGGUAUCUGUGUGAGUGUCGUGGAGUCAGCACAAAGCGUCAUUAUCGACGAAACGUGAUUUGCGUGAUUUAGUGUGUGUGUGUUAUUGUUUACUGUGCUUGCAUACCCGUCAACCCCUUAUCAGUGCCUACCUUGUUACAGACCUUAUCGCUCAUCCCGUGCCCCUUAUAAGUCUCAACGUUCAUCCUACAAAGUCCCAUCACAAGGGAGAAACAAUAAACAAAUAGAUAAACACUUCAUUUUUUUUGCUCAAAUGUUGCACCGUAUCGAAGCGGCUGUACUCCGUAUGGACCUGCAAACUCAAAUUUUUUCCCCUGCGCAAGCACGCGGGGUGAGCCGUACGGGUCGACCGCCCGUGCGCGUGUCCACCACCAAAACCCGAGUCGAACCAACUCGAGUCGCGCGAACUCGCCAAUCGAACGACGCGUCUCAACAGCCAAUCGGAGCUCGCCAAAUGCCGUCGAGCACGUGGCGACGAUGCAACGUUGAAUUGUGAAACUCUGCCGCGAGCAACGGCGUGGGAUUGCAUGCAACCACACGCAACCGAACGACGCCCCAGGUCUCAUAGCUCACGCGUGGACCCCGGCUGAAAUAACUUUGGAGCGACUUUCCACGCCCGGAGUAGAAGUCGCAACCUCUUGCCAGGCAAUGGAUCGUCCUUACGGCUUUGCCCGUGGUGGAACUCUUGACUUUCGCUGUUCGUUGCGUGUCGGUGAACUUCUAUGGCAGCCUCCUGGUGUGUAGGUGAACUUCUGCGAUCUGGCCACGAACGAGAGCUCAACAAAACGUGGCCCAAUCAUUCGGAUAAUUUAUAGCAGCAGCAGCAGCAGCAAAACUAAAAUAAUCGCAACAGUGGAAACGCGCGUGGGGAGAGCCUUUUGCGUCUCACCGUCUGGCCGCAGCUGCAGAGGCAGCAAACCGCACCGCCACCUUCAAGCUCGUCAAGACCAGCACAUGAAGCGGCGUCAGGAGUGGCAGUGACCGAGUAGUUGUAUCAUCAUCAUCAUCAUCGCUGCGACGAUGUCGUUAGAUAUUCGCACCACCACCACCAGCACCACCACCCACCAACCAUUACCGUGUUUAAUGUUUCAUGCGUGCAUCAUCGGGUUGCUGCUGACAUGCUGCCGUGCUGUUGUGCUUCAUGGUCAACGAUGUCUGAUUUUAUAUUUAUAUUUUGUCUUAAGAGUAAGACGAGGGGGGGGGGGCAGUUGGGGGGCUCGUGGCCAGAGACUGAACGCGAAGACUGGGAGAUCCUAACGGGUGGAUUCACUCGCUGGCCGUGGAUUGAUUUGUCUUGGCUGUGUUCUUGUUGUUGAUGUUUUUGUUGAUAAUUGGUUCUUUACCCUUCUAUCUGGCAACAAAACUGACACCUUUUUGCAAGGAGUCAUGUUUGCAUAGACCGCAAUACUGCAGGUAUUGCGGUCUAUACUGGCAAAUGAGGUCCCCAUAGUGAUGUUUUUGUUGUUUUUUUUUGUUGUCGUUCGUAAAAUGCCGCUCGUGCUCAUGGCAAACGGAUGUCCGUGACGUCACAAAGCACUCCGUUAUGACGCGCGCGCGCGGGUCUCCACGUGUGAUGACCUAGUAAUGCUAUUUUUCUUUGUGUAAAUCCACUGCUGGAUGACAUGAACCCCCAUCCCCCCACUCCCUCCAAUGCCGUGUCGGUCAUGGGGGGAGGGGGCGGGGUUUGGGUUGAGGGGUUGUUUUUAACCAUACUUCACCAGAUUUGAAGCUUUCGUGAC